CCAUUUCUAUCAUAACUAUCCGACGGAAAUAUUCAUUUACUAUAUAAACUAAUAAACAAGUUGUCGGUUAGCAUACGUUCUAUUCCCUUUGGAAAGUAUUUUUAAUAGACCAAUAUCAUGAUAUUGGUAUCACUACUGGUAGCAUAUAUUUUUUCUAUUGUGGCUGUUCUAUCACAGUCACAAUCGGAUGGCUGCCUAUAUAAUCUGCCAAUGCCCACAAAGCCUGAUCUUGAGGAUUGUGUAGGUUAUUUUGCACUUUACGAUGGCGAAUAUGUGCAACAAUAUUGUCCACCAGGAGCUAAGUAUAGUGAUGCUUUGAGUUGCUGUAUAACGGGGCGUUGUCCACCUUGCAAUUGCCAAACAACAACCACAAUAUCGUCAGACCUUACAACUUCUGGGAAUGAUUGUAGCAGUAUUCAAACAGUUUCAACAACUUCUGCAACUACUGGUACUACCAGCGAUAAAACAAGCGAUUUCACAGACAAUACCACGGAUGAAACGGCUAGUUCAGCUAUUGCAGAAAGCAGUACUGAGCUGCCUAAACCAACUUCGACAAGUUCGAAUCCAACGGAGUAUUCCACUGAUACACCGCCCGAUAGUGAUGAAACGACGAAUUUUUCAACAGAAACAACGGAUGUUACAAUUGUUUCAGAAGGCACCACUGACUCCAUAACAGAUGCGGACAGCACAUCAACAUCCGGAGAGGUUUCCGGUGAAACGCCAGUCAGUGAAGGAACUUCAACAACAAAUCCGACCAGUGACUCUCCUGAAACAUCUUCAAAUGUUAAAGACACAACUGUAUCUAUUGAUUCCACGACAAACAGCGAUAGCAACACCACUAAAGAAGCUUCAACAACUUUGAGAACAACGGAAGAGACCACUAACACUGAUUCCACGUCAGCUGCGAGUUCCACAAUGGAAACGACUACUGUAUCUAUUGAUUCCACGACAAACAGCGAUAGCACCAUCACUAAAGAGCCUACAACAACUUUGAGAACAACGGAAGCGACCACUAAUACUGAUUCCACAUCUGCUGCGAGUUCAAACAGCGAUAGCACCACCACUAAAGAGCCUGCAACAACUUCGAGAACAACGGAAGCGACAACUAGCACUGAUUCCACGCCAGCUUCGAGUUCCUCAACGGAAGGGACUACGGGUUUUACAACGAAAACUACAUUAAUAACGUCUACUAUAACUGAUUCUACUCCAGCUGCAUCAUCCUCCACAUAUAAAACAACAACAACGAGUACUGCGCCACCAUCAUGCGCUAACUUGAAAACAGGUACAUUCCUUCCAGAUCCUGAUGACUGCAACCGUUAUUAUGUGUGUAGCUAUGGACAAGCUAUACCGAUGCGUUGCCCGCCGACACUUUGUUUUGACGUGAAGUUGAAUGUGUGUAACUACCCAGAGAAUGUAUUAAGCGAUGGGAAAGGGUUUCCGACAAACACCGACUCACUUGAGAUUCCCGAUAGUGCAGCAACCACCAAAGAGACUUCGACAACUUUGAAAACAACAUUAAUUACGUCUGCCAUAACUGAUUCCACUUCAGCAGUAUCUUCUUCUACAUAUAAAACAACAACAAGUAAAGCACCACCAUCAUGCGCUAACUUGAAAACAGGUACGUUCCUUCCGGAUUCAGCUGACUGCAACCGUUAUUAUGUAUGCAGUUAUGGACAAGCUAUACCGAUGCGUUGCCCGUCGACACUUUGGUUUGACGUGAAGCUGAAUGUGUGCAACUACCCACAGAACGUAACAUGUGAUGCGAAUCAGGAGUGUUUAUUUGUUUCAACUCUGUGGUUACAAAAUAUGGAUAAUAACAUUAAGAAAAUGACUUUAAUAAUAUUACUUUGGCUGUCACUUUCAUUGCGAAUAACAAGCGCUGACAUAUUUGAAGAAUGUGAAAACGUGCCCAAAGAGACAUUUGUUAAGAGUUUACAGAGUUGUCAAAUGUAUAUAUAUUGCGAUGACAAUGAUUCCUACUCAGCAGAAUGCGAUGAAGGUCAGUAUUUCGAUGGUGAUGCAUGUGAUGAUGCGGAAAAUGUAUACUGCCCUUUGGACGAGUCUGGUGAGGCUGAUCCUGGGAACCCGGUUGAAUCCGAAGAGCCUGAAUACCCGGAAGAACCGGAAGAAACUGUGGCACCUGUCACAUCAAAACCUAUUAUUACAACAACAACAACUCAAUCUCCACAAACAACUACUAAAAAUGAGAUCAUUACAAGCACUUUAGAACCGAUUGCCAUUGCGCCAGUUGUGAGAGAUCAUUGCCCCACGGUCGAAGAUCCGAAUACAAUCGUAUUCACGGCGAAUACACAAUCCUGCACCAGCUAUUAUCUUUGUUAUCAUGGUCAAGCCAUUGACAUGCGCUGUACGGAUAAUUUACACUUCAAUAUACAUACAGCCAAAUGUGAUUUCCCCGAAAAAGUGCAGUGCAUGAUCGAUCGACCGAAUGCAAAUAAAUGUUUGCCACAUGUCACCGACUUCUUUCCACAUCCGCAGAAAUGUAACUAUUUCUAUUACUGCAUAAAAGGUUUUCUAACGGUACAGCAAUGUCCGUUCUACUACGGAUGGGACAUUGAAAGGCGUUCUUGUGUGCUCCUCGACCAGGCAAAAUGUUUUGUAGGAUCGAAGCGAACCUAAAUAAGGUUGAUUUUGUAUAACACCGACCAUACCAAGUACAUAUACAUACAUAUAU